ACACAUUCGCCUGGACUGGAUUGUGGAUUGUGGAUUGGAGCAGUGAUUGGAGGAUAUGUUGGGAAUCAGAACUGGAGGAGGCUGGGAAACAAACAGGGAGUGUUGUGUGGACUAGAGGCCGCAUCGAUAUCACAAAAUGAUCGAAUAAACGGCGCGUUUGGCGGAUUGUAACGCACACUCAGUGUGCAGGGAAACGGAAUACGAUAUUUACCGCUGAUCUUUACUAAAGACAAACCGCGUCAAUCAAGUCCAGCAUGCGGCAUUCUUACGCGCUGAUCUUGCAUAUGAAUUGAACACAAACGUGUCCUGAGACUGAAAUAUCUGUGGCAUCUCCUCUCGGUGAUUCUGACUGGAUUUGUGAAGACGAAUGACAUUAAGGCGUUAACUUAGUUCUUCAUUCAUGCACCGAGCCUAUCGCACGGAUACUCAAGAGAAUCUGUCUGUCGGUCAUUUUGGAUUGAUUUUAGUGACGAUAAAGGACUCAUUCAAUCACAAGUGAUUCAACGUCACAGAGCAGUGCCAUGCAACCCCUGUCCAAACAGCUGAUGCCCACAUAGAGGUGUCUGAGUAGACACCCUCUGGCUGCAGAGGAUGCUGGGAAUGUGUCGUGGGCGCAGGAAGUUUGUGGCUGCCUCCCUCGCCCUGAUCUUUAUCCCAGCCCUUACCUGGCUCUAUCUGUCAUCAGCAAAUUUCACGGUCAAACUGUUGCCUCUGUCGCCGCUGGAUCCUCAGUCAUCCCUGCUGAUCAGAGCAGCUGCUGAGCAUCAGGAUGUGGAUCUGCAGCUACGAGAUGUGGAAGAACGUAACCUUGCACUGCGGAGAGAGAUUAGCCUAGCACCCAGGGUUCCAACACAUAGCAACAGUCGCCAAGGGAAACAGUUACACACCCAUUCCACAGAAGAGGGUACAGGUGAUAGUGAGGCUAAAAAAGGAGCAGCCUCAGGCAACAGCUCGGACUGUGUGCCUCAGCCGGUGGUGAACAAAUGUGAGACAAUUCAUAUCGCCAUUGUGUGUGCGGGGUACAAUGCGAGCAGAGAUGUUGUCACUUUGGUCAAGUCAGUUCUGUUUCACAGACGGAAUCCUCUCCACUUCCAUUUCAUCACGGACUCCAUCGCUCGGAAGAUCCUGGCUGAUCUCUUCCACACCUGGAUGGUGCCAGCCGUUCAUGUCAACUUUUAUGACGCUGAUGAGCUGAAGUCUGAGGUCUCUUGGAUCCCUAACAAGCAUUAUUCCGGCAUCUACGGCCUGAUGAAGCUGGUGCUGACCAAGACCCUGCCCUCUGACCUGCAGAAGGUCAUCGUCCUGGACACUGACAUCACCUUUGCCACAGACAUCGCUGAGCUGUGGGUCGUUUUCCACAAGUUCAAAGGUCAGCAGGUUCUUGGUCUGGUGGAGAAUCAGAGUGAUUGGUACCUCGGGAACCUGUGGAAGAACCAUCGGCCGUGGCCAGCGCUGGGCAGAGGCUUUAACACCGGGGUGAUUCUACUGUUGUUGGAUCGAUUGAGGAAGCUAAAGUGGGAGCAGAUGUGGCGGCUGACGGCAGAGAGAGAGCUCAUGAGCAUGCUGUCUACAUCCCUCGCUGAUCAGGACAUCUUCAAUGCUGUGAUCAAGCAAAACCCAUUCCUGGUGCACCAGCUGCCCUGCUUUUGGAAUGUUCAACUGUCGGAUCACACCCGCUCCGAAAAGUGCUACAAAGAUGUGUCCGACCUCAAGGUGAUUCACUGGAACUCUCCGAAGAAACUGCGUGUGAAGAACAAACACGUGGAGUUCUUCAGGAAUCUCUAUCUGACGUUCCUGGAAUAUGACGGGAAUCUGCUGAGGCGAGAGCUCUUCGGCUGUCCUAGCGAAACGGACCACAACUCAGAGAAUCUCCAGAAGACCCUGUCUGAGCUGGAUGAGGAUGACCCAUGUUAUGAGUUUCGUCGGGAGCGCUUCACAGUCCACCGCACACAUGUCUAUUUCCUGCACUAUGAGUACGAACCAGCCUUAGAUAACACUGACGUGACACUCGUGGCCCAGCUGUCUAUGGACAGACUUCAGAUGCUUGAGGCCAUCUGUAAACACUGGGAAGGGCCCAUCAGUCUGGCUCUCUACCUCUCAGACGCUGAAGCCCAGCAGUUCCUGCGAUACUCUCAGGGCUCUGAGGUCCUGAUGAGCAGGAGCAACGUGGGAUACCAUAUAGUCUAUAAAGAAGGCCAGUUCUACCCUGUUAACCUGCUGCGUAAUGUUGCUAUGGGGCAGGUCAACACACCCUACAUGUUUCUGUCGGAUAUUGACUUUUUGCCCAUGUAUGGACUCUAUGAGUACCUCAGGAAAUCGGUUGUUCAGCUGGAUAUGGGGAACACUAAAAAGGCUCUUGUGGUUCCAGCAUUUGAAACCCUGCGCUAUCGGCUGUCCUUUCCCAAAUCAAAAGCAGAGCUCCUGUCACAACUCGACAUGGGCACUCUGUUCACAUUCAGAUAUCAUGUUUGGACAAAGGGUCACGCUCCUACAGACUUUGCCAAAUGGAGAACUGCUACGACACCAUACCGAGUUCAGUGGGAGGCCGACUUUGAGCCGUAUGUGAUGGUCAGACGAGAAAGCCCAGAGUAUGACCGGCGCUUUGUGGGGUUCGGGUGGAAUAAAGUAGCUCACAUCAUGGAGCUGGAUGCUCAGGAGUACGAGUUUGUGGUUCUGCCCAACGCCUACAUGAUCCACAUGCCCCACGCGCCCAGUUUCGACAUCACCAAGUUUCGCUCGAAUAAACAGUACCGCGCUUGUCUGAAGACGCUGAAGGAGGAGUUUCAGCAGAAUAUGUCUCGGCGUUAUGGUUUCGCCGCGCUCAAAUACAUGACAGUGGAUAACAACAGCUAGCCGAGCACAUUGUUCAGCGAACCGAUAAAAUAACCAAUAAAAUAAGCUGAUCAAGGAGUGCUGUGUGACAGCACCUUUAUGGAUGUGUUCAGUGAAACUGAGAUUGCAGGGUCAUUAGGAGACACGGCUCGUGAUCAUCCAUUCAUUCAGGGAUCCGAUAAGACGUUUAUCAGUGGUGUUUGACAGAGGUGCCGAGAAAUAAACUGAUUAGAAGUCAUUGAUGAACUUUUGUGAGAAGGAAAGCAGAUCCUAUGAAGGACAGCAGCACUGAUGCACUUCAGAUUAAAGCCUUGAAUCUGUCUAUCUUUCCGCCUUUCUAACUAUUCGCUUGCCUGUCUGUCAGUCUUUUUGUUUCUCUCUGCCUCUGUUUCUAACCAUCCAUCUGUAUGUCUGCCUGUCUAUAUAGUACUUGUUUUUUUCUGUUUGUCUAUUUAGCAACAUGUCUGCAUCUCUCUCUGAAAGUGUAUAUUGAUCUGUUUGUGUCAAUCAAUCUCAUGUCAUUCUGUCUAGUUGUCUCUGCCUGUGUCUCUGUCUAACAGUCUGUUUUGCUGUCUAUCUAGCAGUAUCUUGAUUUCUACAUCUGUUUGUUUAACAAUCUGUCUAUAUCUCUAACAAACUGUCCAUCUAACAAUCUGUAUGUCUCUGCCUCUCUAGCUGUCUAUAAAUCAUUCGGUUUCAUGUCUAUAUCUAACAGUCUUUCUAUAUUUUCAGUAAUAUUUUCAUAUUUUCUAUCAGUCUAUACCUUUCUGUCUAUUGGACCGUCUAACCGUCUCUCUAUAGUGGAUAUAGAAAAUAAUCACAUUUUUUUGCUUUGCCAAUGGAAAUGAAGGACACAGUUUUUGUUUAAUCCAGCUGUAUUUACUCAGUGCAGCUUGUAACAUCCAAUUGAAAGAUAUAAUGCCAACAUGUCCGAAAAAAUGUAAUAAACAAAAAAAUACAAUCAACGCAUUGGAAAAAGUAUUCUAAAUACUUUUUCCCCACCUUCUAAAAAUGAUCUGUAAACUCAAUCAAGUGUGGCUAAUCACCUUCUCAACGGCCCACAAUGCCAUUUGAGUUUCAGCUGUGGUCAUUUUGAUUAAGAUCAGCAUGAAAAGAGCUUUUACUUGAGCAUUUCAGUCCUUGGUAGUGCAACUGAAGCAAACAAUCAUCUGACAAGGCACUGUCAAAAGAGCUCUGGUAUAAAUUUUUGGACAGACACACGUCAGGAGAUGUAUACAAAAAAACUUUAGCAUUGCUACUGAUCAAGAAAGGCAAAAUGCAGUCAAUACUGAGCUUUACCAAAACACACCUAGAAGAUUCUGAGGCCAAUAGGGUGUUAUGCUCAGAUAAGACUGAAAUUGAACUAUUUGGUCUCAUCAAACAAAACUGUAUGUCUGGUGGAAAUCCAACACCGCUCACCAUCCGAAUAUCACUAUUCCUCCAGUAAAGCAUGGAGGUGUUAUGGGAGUGUUCCUCUGCAGCAGGGACUGCAGCACUUGUCAGGAUAGAAGGAACAAUGGAUGGGGCAAAAUACCAUCAUAUUCUUGAGAAAAAUCUGCUUUCCUCUGCCAGAAAGAUGUCAAUGGGAAGAAGGUUCUGCAAGGCUGCAAAUCAACCAAUGUGAUUAUUUUAAAGAGGGUGAAUCUUUUUCUAUACCCACUGUAUAUCUCUCUCCUUGCGUUUCUGCUUGAUAUCUUUAUCUAACACAGUCUAUAUCUCUAACAAACCCAGUUAAACUAUAUCGAAGCAUUAUCUAUCUCUCUUCCAUUCUGUCUGCCUAUAUCUUUAAUAAUGUCUAUGUUUGUUCCAUUAUCUAACAAUCUGACUAUAUCUCUUUACAUCUGUUUGUAUGCAUCUCUCUCUCUCUCUCUGUCUCUUUCCCUCUGUCUAACAAUAUUAUCUAUCUCUUUUAACAGUCUCUGUCAAACAAUCUGGCUAGAUUUCUCUGUCUCUCUGUCUGCCUGUCUAACAAUUCACCUGUAUCUAACAAACUAUCUCUUUAUAUCUGUCUGUCUUUCUUUAUAUCAACUAUUUCUCCCACAGCCUGUCUUUUUGCUCUCUCGUUCUUCCUCUUGAUUCAAGGUUUCUUUCUCCGUGUCGACAGAUGUUAUGUGUGGUGAAGCGAUUUGGAUGUGUGUUCAUUCUCAGUGCAGAUGUGAACAAAUGUAAUAAACAGGGAUCUUCAUUCAUCGGACUGGCAAUAAUACGUGAUGAGAGGCCAAAGUGAACACAUCAUUGACACAUUAGAGACGGUUAUUCAAGUGCUACUGACUGCAUCACACUCCAUACUAAUAGACUUACGCGCUUGAUCACAGGCUUAAUUAACAAAGACUCAGUCAUGUACUUCAUCAUUUGUAAAAGACAGUGGAGUUGACGCUGAUGCAGCGGCAGAACAUGUCAUGAGUGUGUUUCGUGGUCACUUUCUACACAGA